CGCGACAAACAGCGCGACAAAGCAUGGGACUCGGCCAAAACCUCGCUCUUGGCGUCGGGGUAGUGACGCUGGGGACGGUGUACGUGCUGCUGCACGAGGCGCGGCGGAAGGCGAAGAAGCGCGCUGCUGCGGAGCGCGACCAGCCCAUCGCCAAGGAGCUGCUGCUGCAGAUCCUGCACAAGGCGGCGGAGCACAGCAAGUCGGUCAUCCAGCGGAUUCGCGUCGAGGUUGGCAAGAUCAAAGAGUCGCGCAAUCUCUCCGACGAGCAGGCCUCGAUGCUCUUCCAGCAGAACUUCGAGCACUCCCUCGAGCAGCUGAUCGGCGCCAUCCGCGGACAGUACGGCGUCUCGGAAAAGGCCAUGGACGCCAGCUUCAAGCUGCACCAGGCCGACCCGCAGGUCCAGGCCGCGAUCCAGGGGAUGCGCCUCUCUGCAGAGGCGAACGGCGGCGGCGGCGGCGGCGGCGGCCGCGGCGGCGGCGGCGGCGCGCGCGCGCGGGCGAGCGGCGGCGGUCGCGGGCGCAGCAGCGCGGGGCAGGGGGGGAGCGGGCGGGCGCGGAUAGAGGAGGUUGCGCCGCUGCCAGAGUCGCUCACUCGAGACCGGCUCAAGGAGGUGAUGACAUACAACGCGGUUCUUCUGGAGAAGGAGCUGCUGCCGAUCAAGGAGGCGGCGGCGCGGCAGCGGCAGUCCGGCACGCAGGUCCAAGUCGACCCGCGUGCGCUGGCGGCGGUGCAGGGCCGCAUCUCCGCGCAGGUGCAUGCAAAGUACGGCGUGACCGACGAGCAGGUGAUGGCGGCCGUGGAGAAGUUCGGCGCGCGCGACGACCCAGGCUUCAAGGCGAUCCUGCAGCGGAUCGCGCAGGCGCUCAACGGAGCCCUCGCCUGAGCCAGUCUCGACGGAGCCGUCGCUUCUCCCGCGCGGUCUCGCCCUCGCUUCUUCUGCUCUCCGAGCCGCCACGCAUCGUCCUCUCGUCUCGUCUCUGCUCUGCUGGUCGCAUAGCUCAGCACCCUCCCCCCGCGAGCCAAGCAGCGGCUCUGCCCUCCCCCUCUCCGCCUCUGUCAAAGUGCCGCCGCGCCCGGCUCGGAAAUAUUGCUGCCGUGCUGCUUUGAGCGAGCUGUCCCGUUUCAUCUCUAUCGCCUUGCAUCUCGGGGUCGGGUCUCUCAUAAUAUGUGCGCGUUUCUGCCUGCGGGCGGUCCACAGUGCAGUGCUGACUGCUCUGUGUCUGAAUCGGAACCGACUUUUGCACUAUACAUACUUUUUCUGCCA